AUGUCCAACCCUGCCGCUCUGCCAUGCUGCCUGUGUUGCCAUGCUGCCUGUGUUGCCAUGCUGCCUGUGUUGCCAUGCUGCCUGUGUUGCCAUGCUGCCUGUGUUGCCAUGCUGCCUGUGUUGCCAUGCGGCCUGUGUUGCCAUGCGGCCUGUGUUGCCAUGCGGCCUGUGUUGCCAUGCUGCCUUUGUUGCCAUGCUGCCUGUGUUGCCAUGCGGCCUGUGUGGCCAUGCGGCCUGUCUGUACGACGCUAUCCAUGGCAGGCUCUCUCCAUCAGCCGCGCGCUGCUGGCAGCCAAGGCAGCAGUGGAGGCGGCUCACAGCAGUGCGGGCGAGAGUGAGCGAGGCGAGGGGCACGCACAGGCGGCAGAUGCAAGCGCGGUGGUGGAGAGAGUGAGGCAAACGGUUGAGGAGGCAGGGGGGCGAGUGGAGUAUGUGCAGCUGGUGGAGCAGGAGGGUCUCGAGCCAAUCUCGCACAUCACUUGCCCCGCUGUGCUUGCAGUGGCAGCCCAUUUUGGAUCAGUGCGUCUCAUAGACAACGUGGAGAUUGAUGUUCACGCAUAG